GCGGAGCAGCCUUGCCUCCUGUCUUGCAGCAGCCUGUCAGAGAUGGAGAGCUGCUGAAGCUGAAGCGGACCUCGGCUCAGUGUUUGUGGAUGUACCAUGAAGUCCCCGCGGCUCUGGGCGGCUCUGUGCCUCCUCAUCACCGCCUCUUACCGGCUGGGGACGGCCGCCCGAUACGGCUGCCUGUUUGAGAAAACCCUCUGUCCAAGAGACCAGCAAUGCUCCGAUGACGGUUUGUUCGGGCAGUGCCAGGCUCCCCAGCAGCCGCCCGUCCAGUACCAGCUGUCUGUCCCCGUCCUGCACAAGCUGCAGGAGGUCCUGAGACAGCUGCUGAUGCAGGGCCUGACCUGGCAGGAUGACAUUACCCAGCUGGUCAUUGGUCGAGAGCUGAGUCAGGUUCCUCAGAUCGGCCCUGCCUCCAAACGUCACAACAAACUGUCCAAACAGUCCUCGGAGGCUCGGGGGCCUCAGGGGCCGGAGCAGCCGGCUGACCCGGAGCUGAUGCAGCAGUACCUGGACUACAUGGUGCUGGACGCCCCCCAGUCCUCCAUCCACAUGCAGAGACCGCUGGUGGACCCAUACACCUACCGCCAGCAGAAGUAUGGCUACCAGGAUGAAGAGGAGCGCUCCCUCAACUCCCUGGAUGACAACAGAGCUUUCCCCCUCCUCGACUCGACCGCUCGCUCUGGAUCCAGAGGAAACACUCUGGACCGGGACCGGCAGCUCCUCCAGGACCUGGUCUCCCUCUACCUGUCCUCCUUCCUCCCCUCCUCCUCCUCCUCCUCCUCCGCCUCCACUUCUUCCUCCUCCCCGGUGCAGUCGCUGUCCCGCCACAGGGGGGCAGUAGCGGCAGCUGCCGGUCUCCCUGCCUCCUCGUCCUCUUCCUCCUUCUUCCCUGAGCUGGACUUCCCACUGGACUAUGGAGAGGACUACAUUUCCCAGCAUGCCCAGGUGAGCGAGCCACAACAGGAGGAGCGGGCGGAGAAGAAGGCGCAGAAGGACUAUGACUCGCUAGGAGACCUGGAUGAGCGCUCUCUGCAGAAGCUGGCUGUGCUGUUGGAGCACUACGGUCUGGACAUGAAGGAUCUGACCCCGGAGCAGAUGGACAACCUGCCUGCAGCUCUCAAGCAGCUGCAGCUCGACAGCUCCUACUUUGACAAAAACACUAAAGACAAAUACCGGAACAAUGCUGGCACACAAAAGAAGAUUGCAGAGGCGUCCAUGACAUACAAGAUAGACAAAUCUCCAGCGGCGGGGGGCGUGUCCUCAGGUCCCGCCAUCGCCCCGGACGCCCCGCCCUCUCCGGCCAAGUCUCCUAAACUGGGGGCUCCUCCUGCUCCCCUCCUGAAGGAGACGCCCCCCACCGCCCCGGCCAAGGAGGAGAAACAGGGAAAGAAGGAGCCGGCUGCCGUCACCAAGGCGGAGGAGUACGGCUACAUCGUGACCAAUCAGAGCCCCCUCAGUCUGAACGACGGGGUGCUACUGCUGCAGCUCCUGGCAGAGAGGAUCCGCCUCUCCACCGGCGCCUUCACCAACAUCAGUGUGGUCGGGCCUGCGCUCACCUUCCGCCUCCGACCCAACUCCCUGAACCUGACGGCUGAGGAUGUCGCCUCGAAAGCCGUUGAAGAGAAGAACUUCCUGGAGUCCAAGACGGGCCUGAAGAUCCUGCAGAGCGGCGUCGGUGAGAGGAAUGAUGGGAAGGCGUUGCCCCUGGCGACCCGAGUCCAGCCGGGCUCCCGCUGGGUGUUUGCCACUCUGGUGGCCGUGGCCUGUGUGGGCGGCAUCCUGGUGGCGGCCAUGACCAUCGCCUGCCUGCGUCACCACGCUCACCGGCUGGCGGCGGAGAAGCUUGGCCUGGGCCCCGAGGGAGGAGCCAUCACUCACCAGGAGUACCAGGAUCUGUGUCGCCAGCACAUGGCCUCCAAAGGUGCGUUUGGACGCCUGGAAGCAGCUGCCCUGGGAGCCGUUGGGGGAUCAGGGGGAGGAGGAGGAGCUGUGGGAGGAGGCGGAGGGGGAGGAGGAGGAACCGACACGUCCCGGGUCAGCAGCGUGUCGUCCCAGUUCAGCGACGGGGCGCAGGCCAGCCCCAGCUCUCACAGCAGCACCCCGUCCUGGUGCGAGGAGCCGGCCCAGGCCAACAUGGACAUCUCCACCGGUCACAUGAUACUGGCCUACAUGGAGGAUCACCUGAGGAACAAGGACCGUCUGAUGAAGGAGUGGGAGGCGCUGUGCUCCUACCAGGCUGAGCCCAGCGCCGUCUCCGUGGCCCAGAGCGAAGCCAACGCCAAGAAGAACCGCUGCCCUGACUCGGUGCCCUAUGACCACUCGAGGGUGAAGCUGAAAGCGGAGAUCAACCCGUCCCGGGCCGACUACAUCAACGCCAGCACGAUAAUCGAGCAUGACCCCCGGAUGCCUGCCUACAUUGCCACCCAGGGGCCGCUGUCACACACCAUAUCGGACUUCUGGCAGAUGGUUUGGGAGAACGGCUGCACGGUGAUAGUGAUGAUGACGGCCCUGGUGGAGGACGGAGAGAAACAGUGUGACCGCUACUGGCCUGACGAGGGCUCCUCCCUCUACCACAUCUACGAGGUGAACUUGGUGUCGGAACAUAUCUGGUGUAACGACUUCCUGGUGCGAAGUUUCUACCUGAAGAACGUGCAGACGCAGGAGACGAGGACGCUGACCCAGUUCCACUUCCUCAGCUGGCCCGCGCAGGGCAUCCCCACCUCCACGCGCCCCCUGCUGGACUUCCGCAGAAAGGUGAACAAGUGCUACAGAGGUAGAUCCUGCCCCAUCAUCGUGCACUGCAGUGACGGGACAGGACGGACUGGGACUUACAUCCUGAUCGACAUGGUUCUGAACCGUAUGGCUAAAGGGGUGAAAGAGAUUGACAUCGCUGCCACACUGGAGCAUGUGCGUGACCAGCGGCCUGGGAUGGUUCGCACCAAGGAUCAGUUCGAGUUUGCCCUGACGGCCGUCGCAGAGGAAGUCAACGCCAUCCUGAAAGCUCUUCCCCAGUAAAACCAGCUCGAUCCAGACCUGCCUGCCGGUUCCUCGCCACCCCUCUGCCAACACGCUGCCUGACGGACUGACCCCUACACCAACCACCCACCAGCCCCUCCUUAAACUCAGAAUUGUACUUUACUGAAAUCAUCAGCUGUACUUUACCUCGCCUUUUCUCUCUCAAGAUGAUGAUUAUCAUGAAGAUGAAUGACUUUGUGCUUCUCUCUCCCCCACUGGGUGAUGCCUUGAAAUGUAGCGGCGAUGUCAGAAAGCUGACUUUAGAGUUCGGCAAGAUUUGAACAUGAGUGAGAUGUCUGAUUUUUAACUGGUAGUGGUGCAGAUCCAAUUAGAGUACAGUAACCGCAUGGAUUCUGUUUUUUCCUGUUUAGAUCCUAUGGUGUGUUUAGGUGCUGGUGGGAAAAUCCAGCAUCUGUUAGAUCAGAGUGUGCUGCUACACACUUUAUAUUCAAGAUGUCAGAAAAUUAAUUGUGGAAAACACAUGAUGAUAACAAGAUAAUUCCGCCAAAUGUAAAUGGAAAAAAAAAAAAAUAGUACGAUAUAUUGCACUGCUCAUGCACACAGCUUAAGCCGCAAACCACUAAACAUCAGAUUUUCGUCCUCUUGUGCAAAUCCAGUCUGAAAAUGUACGAGUGACAUUCCUCUUGAAUUCAGUGCAGAUUGAAGCGGAAAACAUGUCGUGCUGCUUAUGGUUGAAAUUGGAAUUGUGCUGCAUCUUUUGAAUUUUUGGUUCAUGUCAGAAUAAUAACCUGGGCUGGGCGGCAUGACGAUUUUUGGGAUGAAAAGGUUUUGAAAAGACAGGAAUAAAAAAUGUAAUGUAUUGAUGCUGAAAAUCUUAACAAUGUCCAACUCUUGUUAGCAUUAAAGUGUCAAGUCUUGUAAGGAAGUGAGGGGGUGAUGUUGCAUUAUGGGUAAUCUUGAUUGUUUACACACCUGCUCAGUAACUCUCCCUCCUUCCCUCAUUUUACUAACACCUGCAGAAAACAAUGACACCGAGCUCCCCUCCCCCUCUGUGUGUGUGCCAUUCAGAUAAUUGUAAGUCACUGAAUAUAUAGUUGUAUACCUCAAGCAAAUCAGAAAAAAAGAAAUAAAAAAUGCUAUUCUAUGAUUUAAAAAAAAAAAGAAGCUAUUUUGUAACUGUGAGACCUUAAAUAAAUCUUUUCGUGUUCAAGUGCUGCAAUCACUCA